CCAGAAUCCUUCGUCAGCUUCACAAAGAACAAUCUCUUCCUCUCCCUUUCAUUCUUCUCCGGCGACAAGGCGAUCAUGGUUAACGAUAACGAGCCAGCGAAGCUCCUUCUUCCAUACCUUCAACGAGCCGAUGAAUUACAGAAACACGAACCUCUUGUCGCUUAUUACUGUCGCUUGUAUGCGAUGGAACGAGGGUUGAAGAUUCCACAAAACGAACGUACUAAAACUACUAAUCAGAUCCUUAUUUCGAUUAUGAAUCAGCUUGAAAAAGACAAGAAAUCAUUGACUUUGAACCCUGAUGAUCAGUUGCACUUGGAAGGAUUCGCCUUGGGUGUGUUUUCCAAGGCAGACAAGCAAGAUAGGGCUGGCCGUUCAGAUUUAAAUACUGCAAAAACAUUUUAUGCAGCUAGCAUUUUCUUUGAAGUCCUUACUCAGUUUGGUGAACUUCAGCCUGAUAUUGAGCAGAAACAGAAAUAUGCAACAUGGAAGGCUGCAGAUAUAAGGAAGGCUCUGAAAGAAGGAAGGAAGCCUGUACCAGGUGCCCCGGGUGAUGGUGAUGAUGAUGAUGAGGGCAAUUUAUCAUUACCUUCGAUUCCACCGCCUACAGAACAUUUACAGGACCGCCAACCAGGCAGAAAGGAUUCAGAUAUCAGGCCACAAUCGCCCGAUGUUUACGAUGGUGAGAAUCCAUUUAGCAAUGCCAAUGUUCCAUCGAAACCAUCUUCUUCCGAGAAUCACCAAUCGCCAUUUACAAAUGACUUAUCUCCCCAUUCUCCUUAUCAUUCCCAAGAUUACCAUCAUUCACCUCCAUCAAACCUACCUCCAUCAAACCUACACGAUAAUAAUUCAUCUUAUUCCCCCCAUCCCUACCACCACCAGCAACACCCUCAAAAUUACCCUUCUCAAGAAGCUCCUCCACCACCUAAUUACCCUAAUUUUCAAUCCUACCCUAGUUUUAACGAACCUACCCUCCCACCAGCCUCGACUCACUACGCCUCCUAUUACCAAGGUUCGGAACCAUCCUACACUUCUCCUCCAACAGCUCCAACCGUCACAAAUUACCAAGUGAAUCCUCAGUACAGUUCAAGCAACAAUGGAAGUGGUCCAGCUUCUAUCGCUAAACCGACUAUUGCUCAAACAUACGAGUACGACAGCAAUUACCAACCACCACCCGAUAAAAUUGCAGAGGCUCAUAAGGCGGCUAGGUUUGCAGUUGGAGCAUUGGCUUUUGAUGAUGUCUUUGUGGCGGUUGAUCAUCUUAAAAAAGCUCUAGAGCUUCUGACAAACCCAUCAGCUACCCAUUAGUGUGUUCUGGUGUGUUUACGCCUAUUCAGAGCUUGCUGUUUGGAUUUGUAUAUUGUAAAAAAAUCAUUUUUUCUCCUUGUUAUGAUUUUUUACACUAUCAUAAUAUUAUCAUACUAUUUUGUUAGUUUUUAUUUUUAUUUAUCUUAGGAAGCUAGCACGGGUUUAUGGGGCACUGAGGUUUGAUGAUGUCUUUGUGGCUGUUGAUCAUCUUAAAAAGGCUCGGCACCCAUUAGUGUGUUUAAUCGUAUUUGGAACUUUGCGGUUUGGAUUUUUAUAAAAUGAUUUCUCUCUUUGUUAUGA